CUUCCAGAUGAAAUACAAGAGUCUGUGCCAGUGGAUCCUGAGUGUUAAGAAGAACUAUAGGAAGAACGUGGCCUACCACAACUGGAGACACGCCUUCAACACCUCCCAGUGCAUGUUCGCCUUGUUCAAAUCUGGCCGGUUACAGAGUAAUAUGACUGAUCUGGAGACCCUGGCCUUGAUGAUCGCCACUCUGAGUCAUGACCUGGACCACAGAGGGGUCAACAACUCCUACAUACAGAGGUAGGCUGCAGUACUGUGUGUGUGUGUGUGUGUGUC